AUGGAUAUCCUGGAUAAGAUUAAGAGCACCAUGUCUCAGGCAGUUAUCUCUCCCUCCAGCUUCUUCACGGGACGAGGUGGUCUGCACAUGGCUCAGAUCUUGUUGUCUCUUGUCACUUUUAUUGUGUCUGCUCUAAAAGGAUCCAGCAGUCACUCGUACUGGAGCUACGCCAUGUUCACCUGGUCCUUCUGUCCUCUCAUCACUCUGCUCAUCACAUUUGUGGAGACAUUUAAACUCGAGAUCUUGCUGGUGGGGUGCAUGGACUGGUCUGACUUCGCCUCGGGGAUGGCCAUGACCUUUGCACUCAUGACUGUCACUGUCGCUGUCACCUAUGUCAACUUCUACUUCUGCCUGACUUGCAUCCAUGGAAUUAUUGUGAGUGUGUUUGCUAUACUGUGUGCUUUACUUUACACACUUGAAGUCAUAAAAGACAAGUUUAUUGACAGGAAAAAGGGCAGUUACUUGGCAGCACUACCAGGAUUCUUCAAAGUGAUGGAGGCCUUUGUAAGCUGUAUGAUUUAUGUGUCUCUGAGCGGCUAUAGAGACAAGCCAAUGGUAAUAGUGUGUGUGGUUCUAUACAGCAUCCCUUUCCCCAUCCUUCCUCUCAUCAUAGCCACCAACAUCAUGAAGAAACUCAAAGUAUGUAUUCCGUUCAGCGUGGACCGCUUUUCUUUCAUAUUUUUGGUCAUCUCUGUGCUGGUAUAUGCCUUUACUGCUAUUGUCUAUCCCAUUUUCAUGUUUAAGGGCAACCCUCGUCCCAGUGACUGUCCCGCCAGCUACUGUAUAUGGGCUAUUCAGUUCAUGGUGGCAUUUUUUACUUAUGUCAAUCUCAUUCUUUUCACAUUAGAUCUAAUUUUUACACUACUUGGGAUUUGUGGAUUUAAACGCACCUGA